AUGUGCAUUCAGCGUAUUGACCACAGCCUGAAGGAGCGUAAGCGGCGUGGUAUUGAAAUCAUUCAGCCGAUGGACGAUACCAGCGUCGGCGCUUUGAUGACCUCGUUUCGAGGUAAACCCUUCCGCGGGGGCAUCAUGUGUGCGGACAAGAACGGAUCCUACCUGAUCUACCCGAAAUCUGUUUUCUCCAGACGGACCAUGUCCGGCUGUUGCGAGAGAGACCAGCGCUCCAUUACUGUUUUAAUCUUCUAUCGACAUACCAGCGCCCUUGCUUCCUUCCUUCCUUCCUCUGUACCUAUAUGUGAUCGUCGCUACGAUCGUUGUCGUCGUCUUUCCCGUGCCCAGCAGUUCGGGGGUGUUUUUGGCACUUCAAACGUCCGCAUGCCUCCCAGUGAGCGCGUUAAUUGUCUCAAGGUGACUCUCUACUGA